AUGGCGAUGGAAUUGAACCCUGAUUCUGCAAUUCAGGUUUGUUUAAUACUCACUAGUAAAAUUAUCGACUGUUAAAAUAUGAUUGCUACAUAAAGAAGGGAAAAAUAUUCAUCAACUACUACAAUGACAAUGUUAAGUGCAUUUUGAACUUAAAGUUUACUGUAGUCUGUAACCUUUCUCCUAGCUGUGGUAGUACAUAGUUACUUCAUAUUGUUCAUAGUUCAUGCGAUAAGUUGGUACUUUUCUGAUUUGUUACAGACUAUCCUUCCUUCAACCGCAGCAACUGAGACAACUCCCUUGUCUAGCAGUUUGGACGACUUGCCUCUUCGUAAAGUUCUCCAAAAGAUCAGUGAUGAAUUGCGCGAAGUGGCUCGAAGGGAAACUAAUUCAAAGCUUCGAGAUAGAAAUUUUGAUGGGCUUAAUACUUUCUUGCCGGACGAGUUGAGGACGAUGUGCCCACUCAGUUACAAAAUCCUGUCAGAAAUGUUGGAAUUGGAUUGCUAUAGCGAACAGAAGAUUGCUCCUUUAACGUUAAUCUACGGAAUCAUUAUGUUCAAGAGAUGUCGCGAAUUGAGCUAUUUCCAGCGUUUAAACAGUUUGAUUCUUGCAGACAGUAGUGCGAAUACCGAGGUAAAAUAAUAGCUAGUUUAUAAUUUUCUGUAGUAAUUUUUCUGUACAAAAAUUAUACAAUGCAAUUAUAUGUUUCGGACUAGUUUUGGCAAAGUAAGAAUAUCUCAAAUUUUGAGCUUUUUAAGUGCCGUUUAUUAUAUAGUACUAAGUAAUUAAACUCUGUUUUCCGAUUGAUUUGCUAAGGUUUUACUACAGUACUAGUAGUUAUAUCACAGUUGUUAUAUUAGGGUGAAAAAACUGAUCAUGCCGUGUAUGUUAACAAGACCAUGCAAAAAAUGGGUUUGGUCUACUACGUAUGGCUUCUUGUGUGGCUUUUUAUUGCCGCUUCCGAUGAUUAUAACUAUAACUUAAUUUUGUUUAUUUAGUGGCUGUUGCAAAUUUGUUAAUUUGUUUAAUUUAAUUGCUACACAUCAUACCGCAUUUAUCCUGUUAUGACUUUUUUGACAUUUUACUCGCAAGUAGCUCUCAUUUGUGUUUUUCUUUUCUUAUUUUGUAUAUUUUUUCUGCAUGUGUAAGCCGGUCAUGAAACUGUUAUAUUGUUUGAAUUUCCCUACGACAGACAUUUUCAAACUGUUUAGCUAAAAAAAAUCCCGUGUAGUCCAUAGAUGAACGAACUGAUGAACGAAUUUCUCAACUUGCAAAACGAGUUUUUCUCUUCAACACUUGUAACAUUUAACAAAAUACAUAUCUAUAUAUAUAUUGAAUUAUUUUGCAUGGUAUUUAUAAAAUUACAAUACAUUGUUUUUGAAGGUUUACGAGAGAUUCAACAAGUAUGGUUUUUGUCUGACAAAGAACAAGAAAUAUAAAAUUCAGGACGAUAUUGGCAUGCAUUUCCUGGAUAAAGUGGCUGAAGAAGUGAAGGCAGGAAAAACGUUUUCUUUUGUACUUGACAAUAUUGACUGGGAAGAAAGGGUACAUGAAAUGCGAUCAGAUAACCAGAACAAGAGUGUGCAUGCUGUUGCAACUUCUCUGGUAUUUGAUCGUGUUUCAUCAAGCCACUUAGAGGAUGAAGAGCCCCAGCAAUCAUUAGCUGAGACUGACAUAGUCAACCUGGUUGAAUUGGAAGAAACUGAACUUGUUGAGCAAUUCAAUUCUUACAAGAAGAUAGCUGCAGAGAUUUUGUAUGAGCAAAUACCAGCAUUCAGCUUUCUGAAGAACUGUAACAUUGAUUUGUCUUCCGAGUAUGAAGCAGAAAUGAAAUCAAAGUCAGUUGUUGUGCCAUUCCCAGUACUCCUAAAGGACGAAAAGAAAUAUUCUGAAAUUGUUGAUGUUAUGGUUCAACUGGAGACUUGGAUCCAUGAGAUUUACAUGAAAGCUGGCAAAAUUCCAGAUAUCAGAAGUGAGAGUGUUGACACCAGCUCCCCUGACCCUGUAACUUCUCCUUCAAUACCAUCUACAGCAGCUUCGAGACCUGAUCAACCACUAUCCCACGUUCACCCUGCAACUGAUCCUACUGACCCGUUGGCAAAUACCAGAGUUCCCUGCUAUGGUGACCAACUCAGUAGAGUGCGUCUCGCUGGAGCAAAAGACUUGAGGGCAGGAUGUCAUACAGCUAGGGAUCGACUUGACCAUAUCCACCCAAUCAAAGUUGCUGAUUGGCAUUGCAAAAGAAGUUUCUUGAAGGUAAUAGCAAUAAAAUAAUUUCUUUAUUUAGUAAGCUGUUUAUUUUCAAUGAAAUUACUUUAAAAAUAAACAAAAAUUAUGAAUGAAACUUUAUGUGUGUGUUUUAUUAUGCUGCAUGUAUUGCAUAAUAAUUUGAUGUACCUUUCAAUAGACAGAAUGUUUUAUUUUUGCCUAAUGUCCCCCCAUAAAAUGCAUGCAACUGAUUAGCUGCAUGAUUGAUAAAUUUCCUUAUCAAGAAAUAGACCUUAUGCAUGACGUCACAAGGCUUGAUGUCCGCAAGGAAUACUGGUCUUAGUAGUCAUUGCCUGGGAAAAUUUCUGUAGUCGCCAUUUUGAAUUGUUUGAUUUUCCCGGGCGAUGACUACUAAGACCAGCAUUCCUCGCGGGCAUCAAGCCUUGUGACGUCAUUAUGCAUAAGGUCUAUUGGGUGUGGGGGGGGGGGAAGAGUUUUUCUACCAUACAAAAUAAAAAUUUUAUUAUUUUGUAUAUAGUAGAAAAAUUCUUCUCCCCCCUUUAUUGAUUAUACAACAUUUGACAAAAAAAUAUUUGUUCAAUGAAAAUACAUGGACUGGUUUAAGUUAAUUUAUUUGGUGUAUUAAUUAAAGUGGAAGUCAAGUCCAUUCUGCACAUUGGUUCUGCUCAUAACAAUGUGAGGACCCUCUAAUGUAAACAUUGCCUAAAUUUCAUGUUUCGAAUUUUUCUGAACAUAAACUCUAAUUUCAUAUUCAUUUAGAAGCAUAGCGAACCAAAAUAGUGUUAGAUAUUCAGACAGUACAUCAUAUUUUAAAAAAUACAUCAGUUCAAAAUGUAAACAAAUCGUUUGUUUACAUUACGGGCUUAACUUCCACUUUAAGUAUAUUACACUCUGGAGUAGUUGCUAAUAUUCGACUUGUAAUGUUUAUACUGUAUGUAAUGUCUAAUAUAUAUUAAUUAUUAUUGUAGCUUGUAUUCAAGAUGCUUUACAAAAAUUCUGGGAGAGCUAAAGGAACACUGAGGUUUUUCAGGGAAAAACUUCAACGGCGGAAUGUCACUCAAGACAUCAAACACUAUGAAGAAUGCGAACAAUUAUUCAUAAGUGUUGGCAAGUCCUAUACCCUUGCAGCAUUACUCCACUUUUUUGGCAUGUCUGACGUUGAUGACAGUCCACAAAAUAAUGUCCCACCUCAUGAUGCAGAUUACCAGCAGUACUUUGACACAGUGUUGGAUAAGUUUGUAAAUGAGUACUUGCUGUCCAAACCACAUUCCCAGUCCAAUCAAACAUUAGAUGAACAACCCGACCAAAUCAAGGAGUAUUCACUGUGUCUUCUUAGGUUAUUUUUCAUUUUAAAAAGCCUGAAAGAUGCAGUCAAGUUGGGUGAUGGGGAUCGGCUGGCAACCAUCCGCAAGAUAUUGUUGAAGCAUUUUAAGAGUCACAGUGGUCAUAACACUUAUGCAAUUGAGAUGUUGAUAAGCAUCUUGCAGGAUAAGGUGUUUCUCACCAAGAGACAGGCCCAUCAAACUAGGUGGGCCUCUUUAGUCAACUCGAGGGGUGGUUCCGGGAACAAUAUAGAAAUCGAUCUUAUGCAAGAAAACUUAAACAGGGAGCUGAAAAAAG